AUGUUGAAGCACGCCAUGAUGGAGCACUGCCUGUUCAAGAACACGUCGACGAAGCAACACACGGUGAAGCUCGCCACGACGAAGCACGAAACACUCCGCGAUGAAGCAUUGCACGACCAAGGCAUUCCCGAUGAAGCACCGCCUGCGAAGCCCUCGCCGUCGAAGCACCUCGCGGGGAAGCCGGCCACGACGAGGCCCACUGCCGCGAAGCUCGCCGCCUAUGCUAAGGAGACCGAGCAGGUUGCGAUCCGCACCCUCGCCUCACUCGGCGACACUUGCCACCCAGACAAGACUGGGCGCUUUUCGGCCGGCAAGAUGGUUACGGUGACGCUGGCGCUCGGAUACCAAGCAUCGGAGGCCCCGUCGGCGUGGAUGGACAUCGCCAAGAAUCACCAGCAGUGGGCCGGAGGGUCGCAGAGAUCGCUGUUGUUCACUCACCUGGUGGCCGAGGCGAACAAGCUCGCGCCCUCGAACGGGGGCGUGGCCACGCAGAUGUCGGAAUGGAUUGCGGCCCCCAUUGCCAAGCAGGCCAACGAACUCGCGUUCCGCAUGAAGUCAGAGGACGCAGGCAAUUUACAGGUCGCGCAGUCCGCCGCCAUGGAGCGGCGCGUGGUCAGCCGAGCCGAUGCCGCCAAGACGCCCCAGAUCGCCGACAUGCGCAGUCAGGACGGCCCCGCGAUCAAGCGGCCCACGCCUCUUCGGAGAGGCGCGGGGGCGGGCGCGGGCGCGGGCAUGGGCGCGGGCGCGGGCGUGGACGUGGACGUUGGCGCGGGCGCGGGCGCGGUUGUGAGCGCGGGCGUUGGUGCGGGCGCGGGUUCGGGCGCGGGCGUGGGCGCAGUUGCGGGCGCGGCUGCUGGUGCGCGCGUGGACGCGGGCGCGGGCGUGGGCACGGGCGCGAUGGCGGUGGGGGCCGUGCAGAUCCGCACCCGCAAGCCAGCGGACACGGCAACACGGGCGGCCGCAGGGAGAGGCUCUCCGAACCGUCCAGGCCAGCAGCCGCCGUCGCUGCUCCGCCCGCCGCCGCCGCGGCAGCGGGCCCCGCAGGGGGCCGCAUCGGCCAAGACAGGGGGCCGAGCCGUCGGGCCCCACCUCCGUGCGGGGGGCGGCACGCGCCAGCACCUCCCGCCAUUAGUGUGCCGCGCGACGCCGGUGGCGACGCCGACGCUGCGCGGCCCGGGCCGCGGGGUCAGCAGCCGCCGCGCCAUCGCGGCCAACACCGGGAGGCUCAGGAGGCGCGCCGCGCCCAGCAGCGCCGCCGGCAGUGCAGCCUGGCCACCCCCGCAGGCGAGGAUCGCCGCGGAGGUGGCAGAGCGGGCGACCGCUGCCACCGUGCGCCUUGGGCGCCUGCGCAGCCGUGGCGCUGCGGACCGCCGCCUCGCCGAGGAGGGCGGCAUCCGAGAGCUGGCAGGGCCCCUCCAGGUGGCCAAGCACACCAGCAAGACCGACUGCUGGGUGGUCGUGGCUGGUGAGGUGCUCGACGUGACCUCGUUCCUGAGCCAGCACCCUGGAGGCGAGCUGGCCAUCCUCACGUUCGCCGGCAAGGAUGCCACCGAGGAGUUCAACAUGAUCCACCCUCCGGAC